CCCAAGCCUUCAACAUGGAUAUGGAUUUAAACAACGACUUAGAGAAACGCAUUUCGGAUGCCUUCUGUGUGUUCGAUCAUCAUGGCGAAAAGUUCAUAGAUGUGCGAGAAGUGGGCACUGUUCUGAGACUUCUGGGCUGUGUGCCCACCGAGGAGGAGGUGAACGAAGUCAUCUCGGCCACAGAAUCGGAGGAGACCACUGGCGAAGUGCACUUGACCAAAUUUUUGCCUCACGUCUCGCAAUUGCUUAUGGAGCGAAAAAUGGAGCCAGCUCCGCCGGAGAAAAUUCUGCAGGCUUUUAAGAUUUUGGAUCCGGAAAACAAGGGUUAUCUGACCAAGGAGAGCUUUGGAAAACUAAUGAUGGAGGAGGGAGAGCCGUUUACACAGGAGGAAAUGGAUGAAAUGUGGCCAGUGGCCAUAGAUCCAAUCAGCGGACACAUACCCUAUGAGUUCUACUUGAAUCAACUUAUGGUGUAUUUGUAAAGGUAAAAGUGGAGUCCUGAAAUUAUUCCCUGGUGUUUCUUUGUUCUUAUUAAGUUACAAAAUAUCAAAAAUAUGUAUGUAGCAGCUUAUUAAAGUC